AUUUGACACGAAGAAGGCGAAAGAGGAGGGCCACCGUGAGGAUAAAGGAAAUGCAUGGAGCAGGAAGAGCCUGUGAACAGUGUCAACCGUGAGACUGUUUGCAUGUGUAAACAUGGAGUCAACUGUCAUCUGUAUUAACCCACAUGGCUGUGCUUGUGCAAGGUUUGCGAGUGCCAAGUAGCUUUUCCAGUGUCUGUUGCUGUGUGAGCAGGUUAGUCAACAUUGCCUAACUCUCCUGUCCUGUCAGAACUUGAGGUUCAAAGGUUGCUUAAGUGCCACAACAGGAGCAAGUCUGACAAAAAAGAUGGACUGCGUCUCUUUCCCGCCACUGUCAAGGUUUGCCAUUUGUGGUGGCACCCAUGGAAAUGAGAUGACAGGAAUACAUUUGUUAAGACAUCUGCAGAAACACAAAGUCGAAAAGGCGGGAUCUGUCUCAAUCACCACUGUCCUGUCAAACCCUCGAGCUAUAGAUGCUUGCAAACGGUACAUAGACACAGAUCUGAACCGGUGUUUCACACACACCCUGCUGAGAACCCCCGUCACUGAUUCGUCGCCCUACGAGUUGCAGCGAGCCCAUGAGCUGAAUGCUCUAGUUGGGCCAAAAGGAAGCGAGGAGGCAGUGGAUCUGAUUUGUGAUCUCCACAACACCACAGCAAACAUGGGACUGUGUGUUAUAUUUAAUUCCACAGACUUGAUGGCUCUGCACAUUUACAAAUACAUAAAGAGCAAGAUAACCUCUGUGCCUGUGAGAGCGAUUGAGACGAGAGAACCCAUCUCUGAGAAUUACUCCUUGGACUCAGUGGGCAAACACGGCUUCUCAUUCGAGGUGGGCCCUCAACCUAAUGGUGUGCUCAGAGCUGAUGUCUUUAACGUGAUGAAAGAGGCGGUGGAUCUCACAAUAGAAUGGAUUCAGCAAUUCAAUUCAGGAGUUACUUUUGAAGGCGGUGAGGCAGAAACAUAUUGUCCUGUAAAUAAAGUUGACUACCCAAGGGAUCCUACCACCAAUGAAAUCACUGCUGCUAUACACCCUGAGCUGCAGGAUAAUGACUUCAAGCUUCUCCAACCCGGUGACCCCAUCUUCCAGUCAUUUGCAGGAGAGACAGUGAAGCAUGAGGGGAAAGGACUUCACCCUGUCUUUGUCAAUGAAUGUGCCUACUAUGAGAAGAGGACAGCUUUCAUUUUAGCUGAAAAGAUCACGCUGACCAUUCCGUCUAUAUGCGUGAAGAAGGACUGCGGAGAGUCUAAAUAAUGAAUGAAUAUGUGGAAAUGAUGCUUUUAAAUCAAAUGAUUCACAAACUAAAACUUAGAACAGAACAGUUAAAUUUUGUUUUGUUAAUUUAUGACACUCAAUGAUACUGAGCGAACAAAUGUUGUAAUUCAAAUCCUCUUUGUUGAUUAGCAGACCAUAAAUUACUCUUAAGAUAAAAAAUGUAAUUUUU